UAAAAUCUAUUUAUUAUGGUCAUUAUUAUUUAAACCAGAUAAUCAUGCAAUUAAUGUAUUAUCGACAGACAUGACAUGACAUUUGUAUUAAAUUAAUUGGUGAAGAAUGAACGUCCUUUGGAUUUUGGGUCUAGGCACGUUAUUAGUUAAUUAUACAGCAAUUGCUGCGAAAAAUGAUAAAUAUUCUGGAUACUCCGUCCAUGGUAUCGAGUUACGUCACCGGUCAGACCAAAAAGUUCUCUAUGACCUACGGAUAGAUCUGAACAUAGACCUCUGGGAGCAUGGCGCUCCAGGCACUCACGAUGCCUACAUCAUGCUCUCUCCAGAAGACAGGGUGAAAGUUCUCGAUGUUUUAGAUACAAAUGAUAUUAAACAUUACCUUCACCUUACUGAUGUUUCCAAGGCGCUGGAAGAACAUCAGAAUGAUUUAUCGCAUUGGCAGCAAACGAGAAAGACUCUGAUGCCUUUUCAGACCUACCCAACUUACACUGAGGUAGACGCUUAUAUGGAACAUAUUGCAGAACAGUAUCCGGAUUUAGUAACCCUGGUGAAUGCGGGCAACAGUUUUGAAGGAAGAGCUAUCAAAUACUUAAAGAUAUCAACAAGUAAUUUCGCAAAUCAGAGCAAGCCCAUCUAUUUUAUGGACGCAACAAUGCAUGCAAGAGAAUGGGUGACGACUCCCGUGACCCUUUAUACAAUUCAUCGAUUGGUGGAAGAUUUGAGAGACGAAGACAGAGAUCUACUGGAAGAUGUUGAUUGGAUCAUUUUGCCAAUCGUCAAUCCUGAUGGAUACGAAUUCACUCGUACAGAUGAUCGUCUCUGGCGCGGUACCCGAUCAUACAACCCAGACGUCAGCACCACUUGCUACGGCGUCGACGCCAACCGCAAUUUCGACGUCAACUUUAACACCCUUGGCGUCUCUACUAAUCCUUGUGCUCUCAACUACCCGGGCCAUGCGCCCUUCUCCGAGCCUGAAACCAGAUAUGUGCGGGAUAUCCUCUUGGAGAAUAUCGACCGAAUCCAAAUUUACAUGAAUAUCCACAGUUGGGGCAACUACGUUCUCUAUGGUUAUGGCAACGCAACUUUGCCAUCUAAUAAAGUUCAUGUGCACUACGUUGCAGCUGCGAUGGGUGCUCACAUAGAUGCUGUAAAAAUACCACAAGCUAGUUAUUAUACGAUUGGAAAUAGUAACCUGAUAUUGUACGGCAGUUCUGGUAGCGCUCAGGAUUACGGUCAGGCUGUCGGCGUGCCAUUUUCCUACACCUUGGAACUCCCUGGUUACCGAUACGGGUUCCUGGUGCCUCCUAAAUACAUCGAACAGAUAAACACAGAGACCUGGUGUGGUAUCGCCGUCACCGCCCGACUCUCCAAUACGUAUUACAGUGCGAGAAACCAGAGUAAAUAUUGGUCGUAUAGCAAAUUGUGCCCCACAAUUAAGCGAAAAAUGAGUGCCAUUAGUAUAGUUUUGUUUGUGGGUAUAGCAAUUAAUUCAGUAAUAGCCGCAAACAGUGAUAUUUAUUCUGGAUACUCUGUGCACGGGGUCCAGCUACGUCACCGAUCGGAUCAAAAAGUUAUCUUCGAAGUACAGGCAGAUUUGAACGUAGAUCUCUGGGAGCAUGGCGCACCAGGGAGCCGCGAUGCCUUCAUCAUGCUCUCACCGAAAAACAGGGUGGAGGUUCUUAAUAUUUUAGAUGCAAAUGAUAUGAAACAUUAUCUACAUGUUGCUGAUGUGGCUAAAACUCUCAGGGAACACGAAGGUGAUUUAUCUCGUUGGCAGCAGAGAAGACAGAACUUGGAGCCUUUUCAGACAUAUGCAAGAUAUGGUGAAAUUGUUGCCUAUAUGGAACGAAUUGCAAGACAGUAUCCAGACAUAGCAAAAUUGGUGAACAUAGGCAAAAGCUUCGAGGGACGAGACAUAAAAUACUUAAAGAUUUCGACAAGCGAUUUCAACAACUCAAGUAAACCAAUCUACUUUAUGGAUGCGACAAUGCAUGCGAGAGAAUGGGUGACGCCACCAGUGGCCCUCUAUGCAAUCCACCGAUUGGUGGAGGAUUUAAGAGAAGGGGACAGAGAUCUGCUGGAAAACGUUGAUUGGAUCAUACUGCCGGUCGUCAAUCCUGAUGGAUAUGAAUUUAGUCAUACAGAUGACCGUCUUUGGCGUGGCACCCGGUCAGUCAAUGAAACAACCAAUCAAAUAACUAACACUAACUGUAUUGGCGUAGAUCCCAACCGCAACUUCGACGUCAAUUUCAAUACUCUUGGCGUCUCUAGUGACCCUUGUUCUCAAAUAUAUCCCGGUCAUGAGCCGUUUUCCGAGGUCGAAACGAGAUACGUUCGGGAUAUCCUCUUAGAAAAUAUUGACCGUAUCCAAAUCUAUAUGGACAUUCACAGUUGGGGCAAUUAUGUUCUCUAUGGUCUUGAUAAUGCCACGUUGCCAUCUAAUGUAGUAGACCAACAUCUUGUCGCAGCUGCGAUGGGUGCUCACAUUGACACUGCCAAGUUGCCGGUUGCAGACUUUUAUCUCGUCGGAAACAGUAACUUGAUGUUGUAUGGCACUUCUGGAGCCGGUUCUGAUUACGCUGUUGUCUCCGGCGUGCCGAUGUCAUACACCCUGGAGCUCCCCGGAUACAGAUAUUCAUUUGAGGUGCCUCCUCAGUACAUCGAGCAAAUUAACACGGAGACCUGGCGGGGAAUUGCAGCCAGUGCUCGACUCUCCACCAUAUAUUAUAGUGGGAGGGUGCGGAGCUGAAAAUAUUGAAAUAAAUAUU